AUGGAGUCACAGCAUUGGACCACCAUAAGGUCUCAAUUGUCUGGUUACCACCACAAAGCCAGUGGCGCAAUCUUCGCAAACUAUGCAAAGAGCAUAUCUUUUCAUCAGAAAGGCGCAAUGCUAGUCAAGGGCUCCGCCAACAAAAGCUGCCUUCUCAACAUCUCUCGACUUGAUGUUGAUUUUGCACAAUCCGAUUCUAUAUCUAACUCCUAUUCGUCUCAAGAGAUGAAAGAAAUGGUAUGGAACGCGGCCAAAAUUAUUACUUGUCCUACUCUCGUGGACUACUUUCCCAUCCUCAAAGCAAUUGAUCCGCAGGGCGUAAGGCGCAGAGCCAAGGUACAUUAUGGAAAGUUGUUUGAUAUUAUGGAUGGUGUCAUUCGUCAGAGAUCACAAGAAAGAGACACAUCCAUCACUUAUCUACGGAAAAGUGAUUUCUUGGAAACCCUCCUUGAUGUUAAUCAGCAAAAUGGACCUGUAUGGAGCUACGAGGACAUGAAACAUUUGAUUAUGGAUUUACUCCUCGGAGGGACAGAAACAAGUUCAGUCAGCGUGGAGUGGACAAUGGCAGAGUUACUACGCAACCCUGAAAAUAAAACAAAAGCUAGGGACGAGAUCAGGAAAGUUAUUGGACAAAACAAGCUGGUUAAAGAAUCAGAUAUAUCAAAUCUCCCUUACUUGCAGUCGCGUCAUUAA